ACUUCUGCACUGCUAGGCAUCCACUGCUUGUCACCUGCCCAAGUCCUGUGCAGUUCUUUUACUCCUGUGAGGGAUGGGUUAUGCUUUUUCUGAUGCAGCAACUCAGCACUUCCUAGAAAACAUCACUUUCUGGCUCGAUCACGGCACAUUGCAAAGGCAGUCCUGACCGGGGGUUGGGUGACGGUACCGCUACUUCUGCUCACACAUCAUUUCUGGGAUCUUCCGUUUGGCUCCACUGCAAGUAACUGCAUUCCGGCUCCGUCUGAUAGGCAGCGCUUUUGGCAGCGCAUCUCCCUCCCUGCUUUUUCAAAGGCCUUCACAGGCCUAUUCCCCCUACAGCGCCAGCCACUGGCAGUGGACUGACUCCAGCUGCCGGCACAGGACGUUGCCCUCCCACCCUGCCUCGGCGCCUCCUCGCAGGCCUCGCGCUUCACCGACCGGCUCCGCCUUACUCUCUCGGGAAGGUCGGGCGGAACGGCAGAGCCGCAGCCAUGUCCGGAGCGCCUCUGUGCCCGGUCGUGCAGCAGGUCCGUCCCGUGUCCGCUGCGCCGCGCCUUGAGCCCGCGGAGAUGCGGGAAGCCGCCCACUGCUUGGUAGUGGACGCUGACGGGAGGAGGAUCCCCUUCGGGACCUUGUACAGGCGGCAGAAGGUCGUCGUGGUGUUCGUGCGGAAUUUCUUGUGUUAUACCUGUAAGGAGUAUGUAGAAGACCUGGCAAAAGUCCCCAGGAGUUACUUACAAGAAGCAAAUGUGAGGCUCAUAGUUAUUGGACAGUCAUCUUAUCAUCACAUCAAGCCCUUUUGCAGUUUAACUGGGUAUACACAUGAAAUGUAUGUAGAUCCACAAAGGGAAAUUUAUAAAAUGCUUGGCAUGAAAAGAGGUGAAGGUAAUGACGUAUCAGUGCAGAGCCCUCAUGUAAAAUCAGGCAUGCUCUUGGGCAGUAUUAGAAGUAUGUGGAGAGCAAUGACUAGCCCAGCUUUUGACUUCCAAGGAGACCCUGCACAACAGGGAGGAACUCUGAUUUUAGGCCCAGGUAAUGAAGUUCAUUUUUUGCAUCAUGAUAGAAACAGAUUGGAUCAUGUUCCCAUUAAUUCAGUUUUGCAACUGGCAGGAGUUAAAACAGUAAAUUUCACAAACAAACCCCAGAUUAUUGACAUAUGACACUGAGGCAGUGUGUCAUUUUUUUUUUGAUGCUCCACAAGAAUGACACUCCAAUGAAUUCCCAACAGCUUCAGUACUCUUCAUCUUUAUAGCAUAUCUGAAACUAUGUCUGGAAGACCAGAGCACAGAAUAAACUACAUGACACUGAAGACGGACUAAAAUACUGCUUCCGUUGUAUAUAAGAUAAUAAAAACUAAAAUACAACUGAGACCUA